GAGGAAAAAGGCCUUCUUGCUUUGAUCUUGUAACCUUGUAUUUACAGAGAUGGAUAAAAGAUGGGAAGGCACGCACCGGUGUCUGAAAAGAGCAUGAAAAAAUUUGACAAUAUUGAAGCUGCAGGAAAAUGGACAGUGAAGUACAGAGAGAUGGGAGGAUCUUGGAUUUGAUCGACGAUGCUUGGCGAGAAGAUAAGCUGCCUUAUGAGGAUGUUGCAAUACCACUGAAUGAGCUUCCUGAACCUGAACAGGACAACGGCGGCACCACGGAAUCCGUUAAAGAACAGGAGAUGAAGUGGACCGACCUGGCCCUGCAGUACCUGCACGAGAACGUCCCCCCCGUGGGGAACUGACACCUGGCUCCCUUCUCGUGGAUGAAUUUUUAAAAAAAUAUGUAGAUACAGAAGGUUUUCUUUUAGUCCCCCAAUUCAGAUCUUUUAGUGAUAGGUCAGCACUCAAAAAUGUACACCCACUUAGUUUGUGGCAGCAAAGUGCAAUCUGCAAAUACUCACCAGAAUGAGGAACUGGUUGCAAUUUCUCAGGAAUGCAGAAUAUUUGGCUCUUUGAACCUAAAGUUCUUCAUUCCUGAGCUUGUGUUUGAAUAUAUUUGGUUAAACAUUUGCCUUUAACCCUAACUUUGCUUUACUUAUCAGAGUUUAACAGUUCCCAACUGCUUGUAUGUGUCCUGUGACAGGCGAUAGGAGACACGUCAGGGAAGGCUUAGAAAGAGGAAGCCAACACAGGGAGAAUCGCCAGCUUCUCCUGCUCCCCCUUAGAGAAGCUGCCUGAGUGGGUGUGUGGGGAGCCUGGCAACGUGAAGGUGUUUGGAAGCAAAUUCACCGACUGCCGACUGCCGGGAUUCCUGAGACUCCCUGUGAUGUUUUCAAACUUUGGGUCCAUUAAUAAAUUAAAGAGUAUCUGACAGUUCCCUCUACUUUCCCUACCACUUUUGAUGUUUCUAGAAGGGCUCUGGUUGGCUGGAAGGACUGCUAGUUUUAUCCAGUAAUGGGACUUAUCUUCCCAAAGCCCUUUGAGACGUAACAAAACACUGUGGAGUCAACAUUUAGUUACACAGUUGUAUGAGAACUUGUGUUUUGCAAAACAUGUUUAUCUCCUAGAAUUGUUUGCCUUAGUUAAUUGGUGUCUGUCUUUUUCUCUCUCCAGAUGGUAAACUAUGGGAGGAGACCCCGGCUUAUACUUUUAUAUCCAUCAUUGAAAAACUGAAAACCCUGAAUAAUUGAAAUCUCUGUUAUCUUA